AUGAUGCGCAGCACCCCUCUUAGCCUGGCGGGUGUGAGCGGCAUGGCUGUGUACGCCCCACACUGCCGUGUCGACCUUGAGCAGUGGUGCAAGUGGACGGGUAACAACUGGGACAAGGUGUCCAGCGUCGUUGGCCAGUCCUUCCGCAUUACGAACCACAACGAGAAUACGUACACCAUGGCCGCCAACGCAGUGCUCCGCCUGAUCGUGAACAACAAGAUCGACCCCACCAAAAUCGGCUUCCUCGGCCUUGGCACGGAAAGUUCGUCUGAUAACUCAGCGGGCGCCAUCAUCGUGAAGGGUAUGGUAGAUAAGGGUCUGCGCGCCAUGAACAUGCCAGCCAUCUCACGCCACUGCGAGGUGCCGGAGUUCAAGCACGCCUGCCUGGCCGGUGUGUACGCAAUGGAGAGCGCCACCCGCUUCGCCAACGCCGACGGUGGCGACCGCAUAGCGAUUGCUGUGGCUUCCGACAUUGCUGAGUACGCGCUCGGCUCCACAGGCGAGCAGACGCAAGGCGCCGGUGCCACUGCGAUGAUGCUGGAGCGCGACCCGAAGCUGUUUGAGGUGCAGCUGCAGUACAGCGGUUCCGCUUCGGACUACCGCGGCCCUGACUUCCGCAAGCCGCAUCGCCGUCACUUCAUGAACCUGGAAGAGUACACGAAGAGCUCUGCCAAUGGCAAGAUGGCCGACUUCCCGGUCUUCUCCGGCCCUUACAGCACUCUUGUGUACCAGGAGGAGGUGACAGUCGCGGUGGAGCACAUGCUGGCGCGCCUGCAGCAGUCUCCAGGCAAGUACUACGAUGACGUCACCGCCCUCUUCUUCCACCGCCCGUACAACAUGAUGCCCAUCCAGGCAAUGUCGUUCCUGUACGCCCGGGGCCUCGCUCGCGCCACCUCUGAGGAGCACAAGGUGCACUUCGCAGAGCUGUGCAAGCAGGGCAAAGCAGACCCCGCAGCCGUAGUGAAGGAGCUCGACGUGGACCCGCACUACUUUCAGCAGAUCGAGAGCGGCACAGACCCGAAGGACGCGUUCCCGGACACUGGUAAGGUGGCAAAGGUGCUGCGCAAGGACAAGAAAUUCAUUGAUCUGCUGGAGAAGAAGAUGAGCAUGGGCAGCCCGGCGAUGGGCAACUUCGGCAACCUGUACACAGCUUCCUUGCCCUGCUGGCUGGCGGCCGGCUUCGAGGAGGCCUAUACCCGCAAACUCGACAUCGCAGGCAAGCCGAUGGUGAUGGUCGGCUACGGCUCCGGCGAUGCGAGCAUGUCGAUUCCGAUCGUCCCAGUGCCCGGCUGGGAGAAGGCUGCUGCCAACAUCAAUGUCAGCAAGGCCCUCGAGAGCCCCGUGUGCCUGGACAGAGCGCAGUACGAGGCUCUCCACACUGGCGCCGAGAAGAACGAUUUGGCGAAGGACAGCCGCAAGAUGGAGUUCGUCAUUGACCGCCUUGGCAACCGCAACGAGGCCACCUUCCAAGAUGUUGGUGUUGAGUACUACCGCUACAUCCAGUAA